GUGACGUGUCAGUUUGUUUACAGCGCUGCAGCUGCACGAACAUGGCUGUGGAUAUAACUUUACUCUUCAAAGCCAGCGUGAAGACAGUAAAAACCAGAAACAAGGCGAUAGGAAUAGGCUUUGACUCUACCAAAGAUGAAAUUUUCAAGCGGAGCAGACCCAAGAGCGGCUUCUCUCCAAAGGCGAAGGAAGUGAUCACAAACAUCACCAAGCUGAAAGACUUUCUGCUACAACACAGGAAAGAUUAUGUGAGCGCCGGAAGUCUCAUCUCGUCAGAUCUUACCCGUAUGACGGACAGUGAACGAGAUCAGAUCGACCAGGAUGCUCAGAUCUUCAUGAGGACGUGUUCUGAAGCCAUCAAGCAGCUACGCAAUGAAGCAGAGAAGAAGGUGACAUCAGCCCAGAUAAAGGAACACAGAGGGGCAGUGCUGGACCUCAUUGAAAUGUAUCUGAAAGGAGUGUGUAAGCUGUACUCUGAGCAGAGAGCAAUUAGAGUCAAGAGAAUGGUGGAUAAGAAGAGGAUGUCCAGACUGGCCCCAGAACACCACAGUCAUGUGGAGAAAACGCGUGAGGUGGAGCCCACUGAGGAGAAAACUGUCAAGGAAGAAAGUUCUGAGAAAAGUGUGUCAGAGGUCCUGGACAACACUGUGGAACACCUGUGGGAGGAAGGCCGAGUGGAGGACGAGCUCUCUCCUGAGGAGAUCCAGAUGUUUGAGCAGGAAAACCAGAGGUUGGUGAGUGAGAUGAACAGCCUGGUGGAUGAAGUGAGGCAAAUCGAGGGGAAGGUGGUGGAAAUCUCUCGACUUCAGGAGAUCUUUGCUGAGAAAGUCCUGCAACAAGAAACAGAGAUAGACAGUAUUCAUCAGCUGGUUGUGGGUGCUACGGAGAACGUGAAAGAAGGCAAUGAGGAUAUACGAGAGGCAAUCAAAAACAACGCCGGCUUCCGAGUAUGGAUCCUCUUCUUCCUCGUCAUGUGCUCUUUCUCUCUCCUUUUCCUGGACUGGUAUGACAGCUAACAUAGCUGCCAGCAUGGACUCUAUACAACAGGAAACCUCCUGGCUCUGGCACGUAUUGGUUAUCUCAUAAAGAAAUGACAACAGCACACUGUAUGAAUGUACCACUUCCCAUGCUGAACCCGGUGGACAAGUUGUUCUUCAUGAAGAUUCUGGAUUGAAGUGGAGAUGGCAGUUUGUUCUUCUCUGGUCUUAACUAUCAGUUAAUCUUUGUCCAGUGCUUUUAGUGCAGCAUCAGUGUUUACAAGCACUUGUGUUGAGUCGAGCUUUGUCAGGAGCACUGUAUUCACUCUAAGUGUGUGUAUGGUUGGACACUGUCUUUUAUCUUCCACUAAAUGAAAUAAUGGUUUGAUUGGCUGCAACCCUUCUUGUCUGACUGACUGAAAAAACAGAUCUUGUUUUUUGUUGAUCCUUCUUGGAACCAACUUUAAUGCACUAGAGGAUACUGUGUAGACUUGCAUCUUGUCUUUGCAGUCUCAUGUAUUUAAAUAUAUUGUAAACUUAGGACCCUCAAUGACAUUUGUGUUAUAAUUCACUGUCAAACCAUUGAGAAUGUUUUGCUUUCCAGGCAUUUAUUUGAUAUCUGUCACAGCAUAACUGUACUGACACACCACUCACAGUAGUAAAACUAAACAAUAUUCUUAAUUAAAUUCUGUUUCUUUCUUUACCUCAGGAUAUCAUUUUAAAAGAGUUAAUACAUUUCAAAUUUAUGUCAAACCUUCACAUAACAUCAGCCAUGGCCUGUCUUGAGUUGUGUCAGCCAAAGAAAAGAGGCUGGCGAUUUGAGAUUUGACUCACAGGGCCCCCUGAUAUUUCUGCUAAUCUGUUUAUUAGGAUUAACCUAUAUUCUGGUGGAAGCAGUACAGCACUUAGAAAUGUUCCUUUGAUCUCAACUCAAGGGAACAUGAACUGGUAACUGUAUUUAUUUUCUGCCUUGUGGGAGUUUCAGCAUUACUGACAAGAUUUCCUCUUGAACUAGUUAAAGGAAAUGUUCUUUUACAUAUAUGGAUUCCACUUGAACAUCGGUGUGAAAUGUGGGCACUUUAUUUCAGUUUUUCAUUUAACAUUUUUAUGUAGCAAAUGCACUUCAAUGGUAAUCAUUACAUUGUUUGAAAAAAGUACAUAAUUUGUGUAAAUGACAAAUACAGAAAAAAGCGACAGGACAAGCAACUACUGUCAGAUUGUUCCACUACAUCAACCUAAGUCUAGCGUCUGCGAUGGCUACCAACAGCCAUCUAUGGUGACAUUAAUCAAUGCGAAGCAUUGCACAAUACAGUGUCUUCACUAGCAAUGCAAAAACAUUCAAUAGAGUAGCAUAAAAGUUAUGCUAUGUAAAGUAACCAAUAACUAAGUCUCAUGUAGCCAGCAAAGAAAAGCACGUGGUGGUCACAAAGAGUUCAAAUGAAUGGAGACAAUCAUUAAUGCUGGUUUAAAAGACUUGAUGCAUCAAAUACUAAAAACUCCUUAAGAGCACUAUAUGCAGAGAGCAGUAUGGGCUGAAUCAAAAUAACACGAUUAAAAUAGUUUUUUUCGCUGGUUAAAAGGUUUCUUUCAGAUCAACCCUCAUUUAUUCACAAUAUUAUGACAGUAAAAUAUGUUGACACAGAUGACCUCAGUGGUAAAUAUGCUGCAAACUUGCUGGAACUCAAGAGGUCUGACAUGCGCUAUCAAUACUGUAUCUGAAAAGAAAGAGGUUCAAAGCAAACUGUAUUAUUGUUAUUGGAGUCGUGCGUGCAUGUGCAUUAAAACAAGCAACGCAGACACAA